AUGACAACUUCACUCACCACUCAACAACAAAAUCUCCCUCCAGCUACCCCGCGCUACGUCCUUCGCGGCCAUGCAUCCCCAAUCCAGGCUCUCCAUUUCUUCGCUAGAAACACACGCCUGAUCUCAGCGGACGCAGAUGGAUGGAUCAUUAUAUGGGAUGUAGCCACAAAGCGAGCACGCGCGGUAUGGAAAGCCCACGAAGGCUCAGUCCUGGAGGUCAACGGAUAUGAGACGUUAAGUCGGAGGAUGAUAAUAUAUACCCAUGGACGUGACCAUAAGCUGAGGGUUUGGAGAAUCAAAUCCUCGGAUGAUGAGGAGCUGCUGAGUCGUGUCCUGCCCGUUGAAAGGAAUCAGGACACUUCUUCUUCUUCUUCCUCCUCCUCCUCCUCACAAAAAACACAAUCAGCCCCGGAGCCAUGGCUUUUGCAUUCCCUGCCCGUUAAUGCGCUUAACUUUUGCGCUUUUACGCUCUGCUUUCGUACUUCUCCUCCAUCCGAGAAGACGUCCGUGCAUAGGAAUGAGGGGAUUGAUAAUGAAAUCAAAUUGCCUGAUGAUGAAAACAGCUCUUUCUAUUUUGCCGUUCCGAACGCCUUGAACUCCGGCGCCAUUGACAUUUUUCAUCUCCCGUCCGAACGACGUGUCUCGACCAUUCCUGCGGAUACCUCGGUGCAGACAGGCAUGGUCAUGGCCAUCAAAAUGCUUCUGGGUAAUAGCACUCAAGACGAUCUCAUAUAUAUGCUCUCUGGCUACGAAGAUGGACACGUCAUGGUACACGUUGGACGUGCCAGCACCGAGCCAUCCAAACCCUGGACAUGGGUCAAGAUCUAUGCAUCGCGGCCCCAUAGUCAGCCGAUUCUAUCACUAGACAGUGUUCAAUCGGAGGGAAGAGAGAGCCAGUUUCCUCAAUUCUUCUACACUUCAUCUGCUGAUGCGCUUAUUGUCAAACAUCCCAUUCCAGAAAUGUCUCACUCUUCACUGCUACUACAUGCAACACCAGUUAGCGUCGAGAAUACUCCACUAAAAGUUCUCAAUACAAAACACGCCGGACAGCAAGGUCUGCGUGUGCGGGGAGAUCAGAAAAUAUUUGCGACCGCUGGCUGGGAUGCGCGCAUACGAGUCUAUUCUUGCAGGUCGGUGAAGGAGCUUGCCGUAUUAAAAUGGCAUACCGAGGGGUGCUAUGCUGUUGCAUUCGCGGGGAUUCUUUCAUCUGUAUCCACGGAAGACGAGACCUCAGAAGCUGUCGUUUCUGCAGGACAGACCGAUUCGCCCCUCCAAGUCGUACGGCAGCAGCGAAAUCAAAAAGCGCAGCAAACGCAUUGGUUGGCAGCGGGUUCGAAAGAUGGUAAAAUAUCGUUAUGGGAUAUCUAUUGA